AUUUCUGAGGAUCAGAAGGAACGUGUGUUGCGUCUUACCCGAAUUGAGAAGUUUGACGUGUCGUGUGUUUGACGUAUCUUCGGAACACGGCACCGCUAAGGGGAUAAUACCUGGCGUCUCGUGGGAAGUCUGUUACAGAGAUGAAAAAUAUUCCUGGAGUGAUUGACGCACGUCGGGUGACGCGUGCGUGUGCGUGUGUGUGUGUGUGUGUGUGUGUGAGAGGGGUCGUUGUCAAGUCUCUAUAUUUUUUGAUAUGGAGUCUCUCCCUACUCAAGUGCAGUUGGGGUAUAUAAACUACAGGGCCGAGCAUUUACCUCAAGACCAAUGGAGUGUGAUCACUGUAAAGCUUUUGAACAUGUUUCAGUCAAGUGUUUGCAGAAGGGAGAAGCUGAGAUGUGGAUUUAUUUUUUAUUUUGAUGAAAAUGUAACAUGUUGCAAUUGUGGUGGGAACCAUGAAGCUUCUUUGGAAUGCCCGACCAGGGUAGAAGAGAAUUUGGCCAAAGUCCGGGUUUCCCAAAGCAUUUCAUAUGCAGCGGCUGUUAAGUGUUCGAAUGGUACUCCUAAAGAGUACAUGGUGUCAUGGUGGUGGAUAGGCCUUUUCUGCAGGGGUUGCCUUUCACCAGCAGGACCCAUAUGUUAAGAAGGUUGACUGUGUGGCCUUCAUAGCUAUGGUGAUUAAUGGCACUACCAAGGUGGAGAGGAAAUUCCAGAAAAUAGAUAUCAUUGUGGAUGCGGCAGAGCGGUUCCCGGGACUGAACUGAAAGACUUCUCGGCGGAGGAGUUGCAUGGAGUAUUGUCACCAGCCAUAUCACCCUCUCGGGUCCUAGAGCCUGAGAAGGGAAAUAUGGAGAUUUGAAGGAAGGAAGUGGGAGUUUUAGGGCUCUAUUUCACUUUCUUAGAGUAACUGGACUAAUGAGGAGAAUUUAAUGGAGUUAGGCCAUGACUAGUCUCACACUCCAGUACAGUAGGUGGCGAUGUAUGCACCUUGAAAGUUGGAUGCGAUCUGCCAACCCAAUCCUGAAGAAGGGAUGACGGAGAACUCAGCGUGUCCUAAAAUUAACAAACUCUUAUGAUCAAAGUCAGUGUAAUAGAUACAGAAUAGCAACCUCGAGAGUUGCAUGUUUUCUGUUUGUAUCGCUAGAUAAUCACUUAUUGUAACCUUGUCGUUAACUUAUCCAGCAAUCUCAGAAGAAACGCUUUGUUAGCCUAGCUAGCUACAAAGUUGUCUACAAAGUUGGCUUGGGAAGUGAGCUAAAGCUAGCUAGCCAUUCUAGUAUAAAAAUCGACCUAAAUUCGGACGGGACAAUAUGGCAGCUAAGAAGUCAUCUGAAAUGGGUUAGUGUGGGGCAGACAAGGAGAGAGAAGAGACAGAAGAAUGUGCGAUCGAGAGAGAUAGAGAGCAGUUGCUUCGAGGUAUCUUUACCUGGAAAUACAUGAUCUAGGUGAUUGAUAGUUAUAAAGACAUCUUCCUUUCCUUCUCCUCCCUACGCCUCCUGGCCCCUCCCAUCCGGCUGGUCUCUGCUGCCAUGUGGAAGGUGAUGAAGCAACGCGAUGUGAUGCAUUAUGGGAUGCUGGAGGAGUUUGUGACAUCCUGCUGUGAGACUGUCCCUGGCCUGCUCACAUCUAGACACCAGGCCAAGCUGGCUCUGGGGCUGAGAUCACGGCUGAUCUUAGAGCUGUGCAAUGGCUCAGACCCACCAGAUCCAUCGGUUGUCCUUCCCCAGCUGGAAAGGAUUCGUGCCCCCACCCCGUCCUCUGCCCUGAAAAAGGAUGUGAAGAUUGAAACAGCAGUGACCAACCUCCGGGACCUGGUUGAAAGCUUUCUGAAAGACCCCACAGAGAGAGAACUAUUCUACAAGGUGGAGUUUCCGUCAGAGUAUGGGCCUCAGUUUGACCAGGAGCUGGAGAAACUGCUGUGGGAGUUCCUGCUCAGACUGGACCAGCUUCUCCCAGUGCCCAACCUGGCUCAGACGGUGUCGUGGCUCACUYCUGCCCCUCCUGUCCUGGAGGAGUGUGCGCAGGCUGCCUCCCAACCCCAGCUCCUGAGGACCCUGCUCCAGCACCAGAUCUGCCUGGGACACCUGGAUUCUGCAGCUUCUCUCCCUCCGUGUAUGGGCGACUACCUCCUCUCAUCACUGUCUCUCCCUCCCUCUGGAAGAGUGCAGCAAAGCGUCCAAUCAAGAUCUAAGCCUGCCUCGGUUUCCACCCCAAGCCCUCUGUCUUUAAACCCAUUAACUGAUUACAGACAGACAAACUUGUCAUCGCCCGUKGCACCUGUGAUUGGUGGGAUUUGCAACGAAGACCUUCCAACCAUGGCUUCAGCCAAUAAGAGGGCAAGAACUUUCCAGGAAGACGUUAUUAUCCAAUCGGUUUCAAGAGAUGUGGAGGAGGACGCUGAGUCAACGGAGAGGUCAAAAUAUACAUGGGUCAAAAGCAGAGAAGAGGAAUCCGAAGAGGAUGAGGAGAUCAUGGUCAUGAGAAGAGGGAGGAAGAGGAGUGUGAGAGACAGAGGGAGUAAAAGAGUGCUCAGGAGAGGGCGUGGGGGGGGGUUUGUUAGAGAUGGGGAGAAGGAGGAUACGACGAGCGGUCGAGAUGGAGAGACUGAGAGAGACCUUCUUAGGGACUGUUUGGUCCAGUUGGGGAUCGCAAACCUCAAGGUUCCGGAAGACCAUCGCCUCUAUUCUUACAUCACAUCCUGUCUGCUCAACAAACCCAGGGUGCUCAUCCCCCGACUGACUUCAGCAGACAUCACUGCUCUUAUGAGGUCACAACCUCCUUCCUGCAGCAACGGGACACCAGCAGCAGGGGAAGGGAGCUCUCCAUGGGGACAGAACAAGAGGCCAAAGUUGCCGGCGAUAACGGCAUGUCGGCUUCCUUCGACCUGGCWACGGAAGUUGAGUGACAGGUCAUUGACCCUAGAUAUGGAGCUUCCAGCAUCAGCUGACAAAGAAAAUGUUAACUUCUCCAAUAACCGGUGACACAGGAUAUCAUUGGAUAUUCAGAGGAUGAAGCGACAAAGAAUUUCAAAGUGUUUGUGAAGCCCUAGUACAGGUCCAAGCACGACACGUACCAACCCUCAGGGAGUUCUUUAAGGUCGGCAUGGCCCGACGCCACCUGCUGUCUCACGGCAACGGACACAGAUGACACUCAAUAAUUCACAGGUCUAUGGUAAAAUAAUUUCUAGCCUGGUCUCAGAUCUGUUUGUGCUGUCAUGCCAAUUCAUAUGGUCUGUUUGCUAGACAUGGCAAAAUCAUUUCCUCAUCCACGGUAAGAAAAUAUUUAAUAGUGACUGACUAGCAGAGUUAAGUUUCUUUGUAUCUGAAUCACUUUGGAAUAAGCAUUUUUUAUUAAAACCUGGGUGACUUUUAUUGUGAAGUCAGAAUGAUUGACAUGUCACCAAAACUUCA